GGACUGGUACGCGCACUUGUGCUUCAACUAUCCUACUACCCGCGUCGUACUAUCGCUCCGUGACGCGAAUUUUUUUUGUUCAUGCACAGCUAUCCACUCCGUACGUUGUUCUGUUUGUUUUACAAUUGGCCGAACGUCAGCCGAUCUCGUUUGUCUACAGCUGCGUCUGGUGUUAUCCUCAUCGUUCUAUUGGAUUUCCGUAGCGUUUCCCGCUUCGAAAAUCCAGCUCAGCUCAACCAGGUGCGAAUCAUUCGACUGAGGAUCUAUCGGUUCAGCCUGCGGGAUUCUCGCAGGGUGACAUCCUUUUCGUGUCAUUGGAUUUUCCUCGCGGUUGCCCCUUUGAGACGUUCCAUCUCCCUUCAGCCCGGUUUACAGAUGUCACUCUCAGAGUUCCGGAAGAAGAAGCUUAUUUACGUUUUCAAUACGUUCUUUGAUUUUGACAGAAGUGGUGCGAUCGAUAGGAAGGAUCUUGACCUUGCUAUACAACGAAUCAAUGAAAACAGGGGUUGGUCUCCCGACAACCCUAAAGCUCAAUCUAUUAGGGAAACGUUGCUUAAAAUGUGGGAUGGCUUGAGACAAGGCGCUGAUACAGAUCAAGAUGGUCAGGUUAGCCGAGAUGAAUGGUAUCAGCUAUGGGAGGGCUAUGCCAAAGAUCCGUCAAAUCCGACGGAUUGGCAAGCCGCAUAUAUGAACGUAACAUUCCAGUUGUUCGAUGCAUCAGGUGAUAAAUCGAUCGACGAGAAUGAAUUCUGCAACGUCUGUAGUUACGACAAAGUGCCCGAGGCUGAAGCCAGGGAGGCGUUCAAAAAGUUACAAGUCGGCCAUCAAAUCACAUGGCAGUCGUUUACAGAACUUUGGAAGGAGUAUUUUUCCUCAGACGAUCCGGCCGCACCCGGAAACUUUAUUUUCGGCAAAACUUCAUUCUAAUUCGAUUUUGCCAUUGAGGAGAGCCGACCGACGCGCAUGUAUUAUUAAAUCCCCUCCCCCCCCCAAAAAAGGCGUCCCUUGAUGUACUACAUGUUAACGCUUCUCUGCGUCUCGUUUAACUGAAGAUUAUAUUUAUAUUUCUAUGUAGAUGUGCUAACAUCAAAUAUAAUUGUCCAUAUAAGAUACAUUUAUGCACUACGCCACAAAAUUAUAGGAUCGCAUUGAAUACCUUCAGCUUUCCUCAAAGUUUUGCAACACAAAGGGGUCUACGAAAGAGUUACGUGGAAGACAUUGAAAGUAGAGGCGUUACCCUUUAAAGCAGACACAGCUAAAUUGUUGUACAAGUGUUCUUUCACAUAGCAACAAUUUGAAUGUCGACAAUUUCUCCAAUUAUGACCCUCUAAUUUGUUGGCGCAGUGUCUUAUAUUAUUAUUCGAACUUCAAAAUUUAAAUUGACGUUGAGAAAUUGAAUAUAAUUGCUAUGUAACUCAAUUACAAACUAUUCAGAUUAUUAAUAGUCCGUUGUUGUAGUACGUCCUUAGUUGUACGCAAUUUUUCAUUUCGAUCACAGACUAUUUAGUUUCCUGACGUGGAAUGAUACGGAAAUGCGUACGAGGGCGAGCUGAACACGCGUGCGUCUGCAUGGUUUAAUGUUUAAUUAUCCGAAUUCUUUUCGUACUUUAAACAAUAAACAACAUGAACAAUAAUAUAGCCUUGUGAAUACAAUAUAGAUUAUCUCACAUCGUAAUCUCUGAAUGUGCUAAUUAAAAUUAACAAGAGGAUCGAUGUCCUCGAAUUUCAGUUAACUCAUUAAGUCGCAAACAAUGAAAUAAUUAAUUAUGUAUUACUUAUUAGAGACCAUAAAUGCAUCAAAAGAAUUUAUUGAAUUUUCGUAUAAAGAGAUGUUGCAUUUAAGUUAUGGGCAUGUUGUAAUUAGGACAGUCUGUGAACUAUAUGACUUAUAAUAAAAAUUCUCACGACCCAGCCAGAGGAAAGAAUACUAAAUCUUAGUUUUAUAUCUUUAAUAUAAAUAGCAAUAUUUUACUAUGAAUGUACAGAAGUAAAACGUUCUGUUCAUACAAUGUGACAGAGCUGGACUUAAUGAGUCAAAGGGAAAUGUAAGUACUCAGAUAGAGUCCUUAAUUUGUUACGAAGUUAAAUAACCUAAUAGCAAGAAUAAUAGAAAGGGAAAAGCCAGACUACACUUAGUUGCAAAGAAUUUGUAUGUUUUCUGUGGUAUUCAAUAAAGGGUAUUUCAAAGUAUCAUUGAAAAUGAUAAUGAUUAUGUUAAAAGUGAUAAUGAACGCACGCUAUCAACGACAUUAUGUGGAAACCGUGAAUAAAGUACGUGCAAAAAAUUAAAGAUUAUAAUUGUACUCACGAAAACCGUUGCCGAAUUGGCUGGAAUUAUGCGUUGUUCCUAGUCCCGCGAAAAGAAUGUCUGCUAGAAAGAUUUUUUAAUUAGGAUAAAAAAUAAUGCGAACACAAAGAAUAUAAGAAAUUACUAAUAAAUGUAAAAGAUGUUUGCUGUGAAGGAUAGGGUGGUAUUAUAAAAUACGUGUAAAGUAUGUGUUUUACCACCGGGAGGAUUCUGCAGCCAGCCCGUUUUCCUUACAAUUCGUAGCAAAUGCUUAACGCUAGCCCCGUGUAUUGGCAUCAGAUAUGUAUCAAGUUAUAAAGUAUAUAAAGCGUAUCGAUUGACGUUUUUUAUUGUUAAAAUUGCAAUAUGUCAAUCUUACUCACUGAACUUAUUUAUUAAUAUUACGAUGUUACUACGUCAAUGCAACAGGCUAGCGUGAAGUGUUUGUUGCCUAUUAAUAAAUUAAAACAGUUGCAGAAUCAUGACCACCGGUUGCUACCAUAGACAUAUAAGGAUAGACUGCGUGAGCAUUGGAGGGACCCUGUAAGUGGCUGUAUCAGCGCAAUAGAAAGCACGAAGAGGACCUACUAUCCUUCUUUACUGGAAAAUAUUACAACAUAAAAAUAUAUUCACAUGCGUAUCUAGAAAAAUAAAGAGACCACUGUUUGGCAACAUUCUCUUUUUACCGUCCUGUUGAUUUCUCGGCCCGCUCACGCUGUCUAUUCUUCUAUGUCUAUGAUCGCCACGGAUAUAUUUCUGUAUUAGUAUUCGGAAUUGAUGUACUGAUCGAUGUGAAUCGUACAUAACGGCAUGAGUGGAGUUAUGUAAAAGAUAAAUGCGCGUCAGGUAUUUAAAUAAAUGUGUCUGUGAACUGCAA